AUGGCCGAGCCGGCGCAGAAGGGCGGCGUAGGGCAAGGCGGGCGGCGGGAGGAUGAGGCGGCGGCGGCGGCCGCCCCCAGCUACGAGGACUACGAGUGCAAGAUCUGCUACAACUACUUCGACCUGGAGCGGCGGGCGCCCAAGCUGCUGGAGUGCCUGCACACCUUCUGCCAGGAGUGCCUGAGCCAGCUGCACCUGCGGGCCGCCCAGCAGCCCUCCGCCGCCGAGCCGGGGCCGGGGCCCGGGCGGUCGGCCGGCGGCUCCCUGGCCUGCCCGCUCUGCCGCCACCGCACGGCGCUGCCCGACCACCGCGUCCACGGCCUCCCCGUCAACACCAAGCUGGCCGCCGCCUGCCCGCCGCAGCUGCGGGCCCGCGACCCGCUGCCCCAGGACAGCCUGCCGCCGCUGCCGCCUCGCCGCCCGCCCCGCGCCCGGGAGGCGGCGGCCGCCCUCGCCCCGCCGGCCCCCGCCCCCGCCGGCCGGGCCGGGCCGCGCUCCUCGGGCGGCGGCUACGAGAGCUGCCAGAGCUGCAAGCGGGCGGCGCUGAGCGCCGGCUGCGUGUGCGUCGUCGUCUCCUUCCUCUCCAUGGUGGUGCUGCUCUUCACCGGCCUCAUCUUCGUCAACCAGUACGGCGGCGACGCCGGGCCCGGCGCCUCGGCCUCGCCGUCGCCGGUGGGGCCCAUCUGCCUGUCGGUGGCCAGCAUCCUCGCCCUCUUCUCCGUCGUCGUCACAUGGCUCAUCUGCUGGCUCAAGUACCGGCCCGAGGCGGCGGCGGCGACCGGCGGGGCGACCGCCAACGGCACCCCGCGGGGCCGGGCGGCGGCCGCCCGCAGGAGCGACACGUAG